GAAAGCGAAAGGCUAUGCCCUUUUCUGUGUUGCGGGAGCACCACAUUGCAUGUCAGUAAUGUGACUGAAAGAAAGUCCCUUGUCCACUUUUGUCAGUAGGGAACAGGGAGGCAAUGUGAUGUGCCUAUAAUGGAGAUUAAAGACUCGGGCAGUGUAACUCUGACAGCUUACCAUUCUUACACGCCCUCAAGGAUACCGAUGGAGCAAAGCUUUGUGCCACAGCUUUCUGCGACUCCGGGAAAUUCUCCUCUCAACAGUAAAGCGCACUACCAAAGGAUGGACAGGGUGAUCUCUCAAGAUUCACUGCACCCCCCCUCUUUCAGCCGCUCCGUGUCGCAGGAGUCCCUGGACAGCACUUCUAUGGAGGAUUACUGGAGCGAGGUGAAGAGCAUCGCAGAGAGUGCUGAGAACAGGCAAGAGGAAUCCGCAGUGCUCGAGGUCAAGUCAGCUGAUGAGGGGGAGAUGGAGGAGGCUUGGAUUCAGGAAGCGGGGCUGUCCACACUGGUGUCUGGAUCGCUGGGGGAAGAGCCUGCUGAGGCGCUGUUCUCAACGCUGACCCGCACACAGGCUGCCAUUGUCAAAAAGCACAUUGACAACUACACCCAGACGCAGCGCAAGAAGAAGCAUUCUGUCAGGGAUGUUCGGGACAUCUUUGUUGUUGGAGACUCCCCACCUGGAUUCUGCCCAGGAGCUGGUUCACCUAAUAGCAUUCAGCAGUCAUCCAAGCUAUCUUUCCGAGCUCCAGGAAGAUUGGAAAGCUGUGCAUCAGACUGCAAGCUGAGCAAAGACAGCCCGUCAUUGCCAGAAGAGAUGAACUUUGACGUGCCUUACUCAGAGUGUGUUUUUAGGAAAGACUGCCGGAGCAUCCAGAGAAUAAAGAAGGAUGAUUCAACUUUGCCUAAGUUUCUGAUUCGUAAAGCGAAACUUGGGCUCACAAUCAUAGGAGACCUGUCCCAGGAGGAUAUGAAGAAGAUUGGUUACAUCUCGCUGAUCGAGCUAACUGCCUACUUUGAUGCUCUGGGAAUCGAGCUGAAACGAAACAGGACAGUGAAGAGUAAAGUACGAGAAUGUGGCCUCUUUGGGGUUCCCCUCACAGCACUACUAGAGAAUGACCAAAAGAAGCUUCCUGGUUCAAAAGUACCCUUAAUUUUCAAAAAGCUGCUGUCAAAGCUGGAACAAACCGGUUUACAGACUGAAGGAAUCCUCAGAGUGCCAGGGUCCGCCUCAAGGGUGAAGAAUCUCCGUCAAGAGCUGGAAGCAAAGUUCUAUGAAGACACUUUUGACUGGGAGCAAGUGAGGCACAAUGAUGCAGCUGGGCUGCUGAAGAUGUUUAUUAGAGAGCUGCCAUAUCCCUUGCUAACUGUGGAGUAUCUCCCAGCCUUUAUCGCAGUGGAAAAUAUCUCUCCAUCCAAGCUGCAGCUACAAGCUUUGCAUCUCCUUAUCAUGUUGCUGCCUGAACCCAACAGGGACACGCUUAAGGCUUUGUUAGAGUUCCUCAGUAAAGUGGUGGAUAACGAGGAGAAGAACAGAAUGAGCUUAUGGAAUGUGUCCAUGAUCGUUGCCCCGAACCUCUUCAUGUGCAAAGGCAAAACUGUCAACCUGCAGGAAAUGCAGGCUGCAGCCGGUGCAGCACAUGUGGUGCGAUUGCUUGUGAAGUACCAGGACAUUCUGUGGACAGUGCCAUACUUUAUGAUCUCUCAUGUUAGAAAAAUGAACGAAGCGGCUAUGAACAAGAGACACCAAGCUUCUGACAAAAGUAAAAAAAAACUGUUGAGACCCUUCUGGAACCCAGAAAGAGAAAAAACUGAGAGGAGCGAGCUCUGUGACAUACCUCGAGGAGUGAUACGGGUUCACGCUCCCCGACAUGCCAAGGUUUCCAUGGCGAUCCAACUUGAUAACGAGACAAAAGCCAUGGACGUUAUUGCUCGAUUUGACUGUGAAAACAGCAGUGGGUCCCAGGGCUCAGUUAGAAGACAGAAACAGUAUCUCUAUGAAGUUGGUGGAAAUAUAGGUGAGCGAUGCCUGGAUCCAGAAACGUACCUCCUAGAUUUAUACCAUGUGAAUCCUCAAUGUCAAUGGAUUUUAAAGCCCAAAACAACAUGAAGCUUUAUGGAAAUGUCAUUAAGAAAGCGCUGGUUACUACACCUAUAGGAAUGUCUGGAUCUCAUACUGGUGGAUUUGAGAUGAAGGCAACUAAACAGAUGCUGGUUUGGAUACACCACCUGUUUCUAAAGGAUAUUUUUGCCACAGACAGAUGGUCAGUAUCUCCUGCAGACAUUUAAAGGUUGGGAAACAGGAGUCCAUCUAUAUAUAUAUAUAUAUAUGACUGUGCUUGAGCCAGCCUGUGGAAUGUAUAUGGAUUUGAACUACUGCUUGCAUGACAUAAUUGUGUAUUCUACUUGGAGUAGUUUUCAAAAUAUAGCCAAAAGAAAACUUAGAUAAAGUCAUGAAAUCCAGUCAAUGCCAAAUCAGUUUGCCAGUUAUAGCCAUUACGUCUGCUGUUUUUACUUCCUAAUUGUAGGGGAUACCUGUAUGAAAAAAUGCCUGGAAGCCUUUUCACUGACAAUGCAAAAUAAACAUGGAUGUAAAAAGAUGUACAUGCAAUAUUUAUAACACUUAUCCAAUGUUUUUGUUGUAUUUUCUGAUGGAGACCUUUUUUUUCACAAGUAACUUCAUUGUAAAUAACAUUAAUUUAAGAGCUUGAGAACAUUAAACUGAAAUACGUAUUCCCAACACUAAAGAAAAAAAAGAAUUGUACACCACUGCUCUUGCACAGCUUUUGUUAAACGAUUUACUGUCCUGUCUGUCACUUAUAGUCAUUUUAACAGGUAUCUCCAACUACCUGUAAAAGCUCUGAAUUAUAUGUAUUACUGUACUGUAGUGUUGCAUUUCUUCUGUUGCUUUCAAACAACGUCCAGCACCAUUGCCAAGUGUGAAAUGCAGGUCGUUUUAGCUUUUUAAUGGCCUUUUGUAGGACAGUGGGCUUUUAAAAAGAAAAAACCCAGUUCAGGUCAGGCCAGGUUGCACAUUCUGUCCUAAUCACAGUGUGCUACAUCAUAUAUACUGUUCUAAACUAUUUGCGUCUGUGCUGGAAAUAUUUAUACUCGGCAAUUACUGUCACAGGAAGCCUUGUUAAUUUACAGCUUUGUGCAACACUAAAUUUGGCAGGUGUGUUUACUAGUUUGUUAGGUCAGUACCAUUCAGUGUCAGAGUUGAAGGAUUAAGUCUUAAGCCCUCUACAGCAGGUUCUGUGAGGCUGCAUGAUUUAUCUCCCCACAGCCAUUUUUUGACAGAUAGUCAGUUUUCUACCAAAGGCAUGAUCCAGAUUACAUUUAGGACCUUUAAGAUCAAAAAGGUGCAUACGCUAAAUGCUACAUUACAGUAGUCCUCAGGGAGAAUGAACUGUUUUUUAUUUUAACAGUGGACAUAAAGCCGUUGAGUUUUUUUUUUUUUAUGUUUUCAGUUUUUAGAGGACCAGGAUUGGGGACAGGAACCACUGCAUGUCACUGAAAGAGCUAAGCUAGCCACUCACCUUAACAGGAGGCGUGUAAUGAAAAGAGUUUGAAACUGGUCAUUUAACAUUAGUAAUGGGACCUCUGAGUUGAUCUUGUUUGGAAGGAAAUUGGGGCAUUGCUGUUGGCAAAUUAAUUUAUUUCAAUCUGAUCACCUAUUUUAAGCCAAUAUAUGAUGAUUAUACAUAAGAAAAAAGAUAUAUUUUUAUAAUUGAUUAUAAACAGGAUUAAAUAAAUACCUCCCCCCUCCCUCACCCAUUGUGUUCAUGAAUUGACCUGGUUCAUAUUUGACUGUUUGCAUUAAGUGCUUUCUCUUGAGGCCUUUACAGUUUUACAGAUUAUGGCUAAAUAUUUGACUCUAGUGAUCUCCCUACAGAAGUAGAGCGGAAGUGACAAUGUUGUUUUGUGGAACAUUUGGGCGAUUAUCUAUAACAGAUAUAAUACUUUAUGGGGAAACUACUGUGAAUUUAGGACACACCACUGCGAAUCGCCCAGUCAGAGGUUUAGGCCUGCCUAAGGUAAACAGAGGCCACUGUAAUUACAGCAGUGCUUGAAAUGGGGUGGUACUCACUGCUACGGAGUACCGCUACUUCUGAAUUUCAAAUGUUUGAGCAGCACUUUGGUCCUUAUCUCUGACUGUCUGCCUGAAUUCUUUUCCAAACUAUCAGCUGCAUUUAUGUGACUUUGUAGUUGUUAUUUUGUUGUCCCAGCAGCAGCUGCAAGGUUUACGUCACAGCAGAGCAAAGACUGCAACUCCCAGAGUGCAUUACAAAACAACUGCAACUCCCAGAGUGCAUUACAAAACAACUGCAACUCCCAGAGUAUAUUGCAAAACAACUGCAACUCCCAGAGUGUAUUGCAAAACUGUGGGGGGAUUUAUUUUGAAUGGUCCAGGUCAAGUCGCGAUUAGACGCAGUACAGAUUUGACGAGAUGAGCUGGACAGGGAGGGAGCGAAAGACAGCUGGACAGGGUGCCUGAGAGAGAGCUGAACAGGGAGACAGACAUAGAGAUGGAAGGAGUCAGAGAGAGCUGGACAGGGUGGGAGGGAAGACAGCUGGACAGGGUGCCUGAGAGAGAGCUGGACAGGGAGACAGACGUAGAGAUGGAAAGGGAGUCCGAGAGAGAGAGAGCUGGACAGGGAGCCUGAGAGUACUGUGAGUACCGCCACUUUUUUUUUUCCAUUUCAAGCACUGAAUCACAUCACAUCAUCAAUACCCUUACCCAUAAUGCUUUGCAUCUGAUUAAAAUCAGAACUAUUGCACUUUCUGACAAAUCCCGUGAUGCUUCUGUUUUGCAUUGCAUUUAAUAUGCCCGGAAACAUUUGUUCAUCAAUCCAAUACCACAGAGACACAGUUCACAUUAAGCCACCUCUAAUGAUCGGGUCUAAUGUUGUAUGUCAUUUUAAAAGGUUUUUUGACAAAUUGAACAUUAAAAAAUAAAAACAUCAAUAACAAUUACAUUUCAUAUUUUAUGAAGAAUACAUUUUUUAUUGCCUGGGAGUGGCCAAAUUGAAAUGCUGUUUGUUGCCCCUCCACCAAUUACAGUAUGGUGUCUGUAGGACUCUUACUGCUGUAUUCCUGUGUAAACUACAUUGGCUUUAUUUACAUUUUAUAUAAUAAUGUAUUCAGUCUAUGGUGUUGAGGAUUUGUUGCACUUGUUUUUCUGACUCAUUUAUGUGAAUUUUUAUUUUGUUAUUUUUUUUUUUUUUACUAUGUUUCAAUCAACUGCAUUUAUUUUUUAAAAGGCCUGAACCAAAAUGAAGGAAAUCCAAAUUCAGACAAGCUAAUGUGUUAUCAUACUAGUGAUAAAAGACUUGUGGUGUGACUGUAUAAAGUGUAUUUGUCAGUCGUGCUACUGGGUUGAGGUAAAAAGAAAAGUUAUGGUUUGUAUACCAUGAAAAAAAUGUUUUGCAUUGCAGUCAAUAAACACUACACAUAAUGCAUUUGUAAAAAUGUAUAUUGUACUUAACAUUGUUUUAAAAUAUAUACAGUAUUAAAAAACAUGUUUUAUAUUACUAUGCUUUUGUUUUGAUCACUAUUUGUAGUGUGUGUAAAGGCUGACCAACAGUGUAGUGUGAGCAUGUGACCUUUUUUUUAUUACAAAACUGCAUUUUUUGUUACAAGACCCAUUUUAUUUAUGAAAGCUGCAGCAGACCAUUUUCAUGGGCAAGAACAGUAAAUUCAUGUAUACUUCACAUUAAAUCUCAACUCCAUCCAUUCUACAACACUGUGAAAAGUCUCCAGAGGUCUCAAGUUGUAUCAUUCAUCUUCUACAAUGCUGUAUGCUACAUUGUGUCACUUUGUCCAAAUCUUCUCUAUUACGGUCUCAACUGGAAUCAUCCAUGAAUUGUGCUGGCCAAGGUUGCACGGCAGCGAUACCCAGGGUUAGUAUCUUGGUAGAUUCAGUUUCAAAGCAUCAUUUUGUUCCUAAUCUACCAAUAAGAGAGUGCCCUGAAGAUUCCUUGAAAACUUCACACACUUCCAGUCUUGAUGCAUACUUUAUCCCUGAAUCUCAACUCCGUUAAAAGUGUAUUAGACGUGCAUUCCUGGGGUACUCAGAAACAUUAAAAAACUAAAGAACUCCCAAACACUUGGCAUUCUCU